AAGUCAUGGAUAUUUGUUCUAAAAUAAAAACAGAAGAUUACCCUAGUCAUGAUGCUGAUCAUGAGGUGAAAAUAGAGUCUGUAGACUUUUUGGAACAAUCGGCAGAUGAUGAUAGUGUUCAUGAUAAGAAAGAAUUCCAGGUCAAGAAUGAAGAAAUUGACCUUAAAGGCUCGCCCAUAAAAUCAAUUCUGAAUGAAUCAUUUGAUGUUACACAGGAAAUGUACCUUAGAUAUGAUAUAUCUACAGACCAGAAGCAACAUAAAUGUGACAAAUGCGAUUACACCGCAGAUAAGAAAACCGCUUUAGAAGAACACAUCAGCUCUAAUCACUUCAACAUAUGGAAAUACACUUGUUUGUCAUGUGAUUAUGCCACGAAUCACAAAAGUCACCUUCAAAAUCACGAAGAGACUCAUUUGAACUUAAAAAAAUACAAGUGUCACUUCUGUGAUUAUGCUUCGAAUCAGAAAGGAAACCUUGAAGAACACACGAAGGUGGUCCAUUUGAACAUUAAGAAAUACAGGUGCGACUUGUGCGAUUACGCCGCUGGUUAUAAAAAAUGUCUUGAAUUUCAUAUGCAGUCCGUUCAUUUGAACUUGAAACACAAGUGCAACUUGUGUGAUUACGGAUCGAGCCGAAAGUCUAACCUUAGGGAGCAUAUAAACGUUGUUCAUUCCGACGAUAGGAAAUAUAAAUGUGAUUUGUGUGAUCAUGCGACAGGCUACAAGAGAAGCCUCGAACUACAUGUGAAUACUGUCCAUUUGAAUAUAAAAAAACACAAGUGUAAAUUAUGUGAUUAUGCUGCUAGUCAGAAAAGUGGUCUUGAAAAUCACGUUAAUUCUGUCCACUUGAACGUCAGGGACCAUAAGUGCCACCUCUGUGAUUUUGCUGCAGUCAGAAAAAGUGUCUUGAAGAAACACAUAGAGAAUGUCCAUUUGAGAACACGGAAGCAUAAAUGUGACAUGUGUGAUUAUGUGGCGGGCCAAAAAUGUAACUUGAAGAAACACAUCAAUUCCAUUCAUUUGAGAGAUAAGAAACAAACAUGAUUAUCGCAAAAAUAAAGGUUUAAGAAAUGUUGGUAUGCUGCUGAGUAAUGAGCCCUCAAGAGGACAAACAUCGACUAUGAAUAGAAAUAUCUGAAAUAUGAAGUUCGUUUCCCAAUAAAACUUUCUUAUGGUCAA